CACGAGUCGCAUCUCACAGACAAUUUCAAGAGGCCAAACAACCUGCCCGACCACAAGACGACUAACAAAUGUGACCGACUUUCACAUUCUGUCCUUCCACGACCAUAUUAUCCUGAUGCUCUCCGUCUUUUGAUCCCCGGCCCCCGACUGGUUCUGCGGUAACCGCCUCCCGUCAGACUCCCGACUUCUCCAGCACUGAACGCAAGAAGUCGAAUAUCUCCAGGAUCUUAUCAAGAUUGAUCCGUGAACGACCUCAUUCAAGUCAGCAUCGACUUCUGCAUCUGUCUCGGAACUCUUAGCCUGUCGCACCUCUACGAAAUCGAUUGACGCAAUUCAAUCCUCAGAUCGGCUACGAUUUUCGAGUCCUUGAAACCCACCACAUGACGGCUUCAAACAACACAAGUCCUUUGUUGCGUCUGUACCUAAGCCCUUGUUGUCUCUUUGCUCUGUCUAGACAAUCUUGUUGAAGAGGAGGACCAGAUCGAGUUAUCUUUCGGCCAUUGCAUCCUCCGCCCCCAUACUUUCCUCAUGACGACCGCGGUGGCAUCACCACCGAACUUCCAGAACAUAUCUAGGCUGAAUUGGAAUGGUGCAGGCAACACCGGAGGAGGGUUUUCUGCCAUGAGCACGGACGAAGUAUCCCGAAUCUUCAUGCCCCAGCGCAAAACCGUCCAUCGAAGUAGUUCAUCUUCAUCCCUUUCGUCCACAAGCUCGACCGGCUCCACUGUGACUCUGACACAAAAUGAUCUCAACGCUGAGCAAGGACAUGGGGCGAAGAAGAAAGCAAGAGGAGGGUUUUGGCCUGUCAGCAAAGCCGACCCUACUUCCAGUAUUUCGACCGCCCGCGCAAACGGAUCUUUACAAGCGGCUAUAGGAAACUCUCUUGGCGGUAAAAACGCAGUACAACCGGCUCUACCGAGUCAAAAUGCAGUCGGUCAAGCCAACGGGAUGCGGGUGGUCAACGGACCAUCUGCCGCAGAGCCUGCCGCAAUAUUGGCGCUCCUGCCGAUGAAUGGUACUUUCGAAAGAAAACAGAUCAAUCUCCCAUUCUUCCCAGAGGUGCUCCGAAUUGGUCGUCAAACAAAUGCCAAAACCGUCCCCACGCCGGUCAAUGGUUACUUCGACUCAAAAGUGUUAUCACGACAACAUGCCGAGGUCUGGGCCGACCGGAACGGAAAGGUUUGGAUCAGGGAUGUCAAGUCUUCAAACGGCACAUUUGUCAAUGGCCAGCGACUAUCACCUGAAAAUCGGGAGUCUGAGCCGCACGAGCUUCGCCAACACGACACUUUGGAACUGGGCAUUGAUAUUGUGAGCGAAGAUCAAAAGACCAUUGUCCAUCACAAGGUGUCCGCCAAGGUCGAAUAUGUUGGUCUGCCCGGGACCACCAGCAACGUUCUGGACCUAAGUUUCGGUGACCUGGACCCAUCUCACCCACUUUUACCAUCACCUGUUAGCUCACCAAUGAGCCGUGGCAGACCUGGUGCACAGAUCUCUAAUGGACGUAUAACCGCACCACCAAGUGUUGCUGGAAGUCAGAUGAGUUCCGCCGCCCAGCAACGGCAGAUGAACUUUUGGGGAGCACCUUUGAAUGUUGAGCAAUUGGUUAAGUCUCUGUCGCAUGAAAUGCGAGCGGCACGAGAACAAGCCGAAGAGCUUCAACAAACGAAUACAUUCCUACAUUCAUUAAUCACCCCAGCAGGUGACAUUCCUCCAAAGGCUCUGCCACCUAUAAAGGAACCAGGGUCACAGAAACAGUCCAAUGGAAGGUCGAAAACUUCCAAGAUAGACCACUUGGCCCGUUUUGCUGACCCUCCAGCUCCUCCACCACAGCAGCCUCUGCCAGAGAAACCAGACUCGGCCAAAGCAAGUCCAGUCACUACAUCAUUUACUAAUCUCUUGAAACGGUCCGAUACGGCCAAACCACCCACCAAUACCGCUCAUUCUCCCACAAACACUCAAAACAGUCAGAUGUUGUCGUUGAUCGAGGCUUUAUCGAUUGCCAAAAAAGAGCUUGAUUCGCAAGGGGCUAAGGUCAAACAACUAGAAGACAUGCUUAAACAAGAACGAGUUGCACGAGAAGAGGCCGAGGAAAGGGCACGAAAACUGGAGCUUCAUGCUACAGCACGACCUGUAGCAGUGGUAAAAGAGGAGGCAGAGCCGGAAGUGGAUUCAACUUCUCUAGAUGCCAGAGCUCCUGAAACGACAAUAACGACCAAUGCAGACGGAGCCGCCGACGAUAAGGCGAAAGCUCUUCAACAGCACCUAGACCAAGUGCUCGGGGAUAUGCAAAGACUAAAAUCUGACGUCGAUCAGUACCAGCGGCGUGCCGAGACAGCGGAAGCUGAUGCAGCCAGCGCAAGACAAAGCCUCGCCGAAAUGAUUGAAAAGCUGCGGCAAGAGAACGACGAAGCUGACGAAUCAACUCGAAAAUUCACCAAACGACAGACAGUGGAUGGCGAGGAUGCUCGCGACCAUUCCCCAACCGACCAGGGUGGCGCAGCUCGGACCCAGUCCCUUAUCAAGAAGCUGCCGUAUGCUAAUGGACAUGUACGAACUCCAAGGCUACCUGAGCAGCUUGAGCAUGCAGUCGCCACAGUCCUUCAAGAGAAGAACAGCAAUGGUGAAUCGCUUGCUCAGUCGGCGCCGUACGUGUCCAUGUUAGGGGUUGUUCUGAUAGGGGUGGGUUUAAUGGCAUAUCUGAACUCCUGGCAGAAAGGGGAAAGAUGACGCAUCAUAUGCCGAACCGAAACGAUUUCCCUUCGUUGCACAUAAUACCUUUUUUCUUUUUCUUGGUUGGGACGGUUGGUGACGAACGUCGAUGCAGCAUUUAGCUUGUCACUCGUUAUUUGCAAGCGUUGCAUUACAAGAGGCGUUCAUAACAUCUGGGGCGGUCACAGUGCUUUUCCUAGGGUGGCGUCAGGGGUUGCUGCACAGAGUUUUGGUUGUUGGACCAAGCGUCGAGAAAUGGCUUGGAGUUUGAGCAGCGUACUUGUAACGCGAACCAUACCGAACGGUAACUCAUGACGGCUGAAGAUCGAAUUGGUACGCACACAAGACGCUUUUUGGUAUAUACGUCCAGGUCAAAUCUGUUUUCUGUCAAUGCCGGAGUGUGUCUUGAUACAUCUGGUCUGCCAUGGAAACAUAACAUACACACUCUGCCGACGACCAUGGUGGAAGAUCUGGAAAGGGCAGAUGUUCUUCUCAGUACGAAACAUUCAAUAUGAGCAACACCAUCCAUUUUGUUCUCUUUCGGUCUGUUUCUGGGCAGCCUCUCGUAUUCGUAUCCAGUAAUGUUGCGUGGUUGUGUUCACAUAGAAUAAGUAUAGGGAUGUUGAACUCCCCCUCGGGCAGUCGAACUCACCGGCAUGUCGCGGAAAG